AUGAGUAACAUCUACGAGUCUGCGGCCACUACGCUGGACUUCUUCAACACGCCGUGCCUGACCAAGGUGGAGCUGAGGGUGGCGUGUAAGGGCAUCUCGGACCGGGACGCGCUCUCCAAACCAGACCCGUGUGUGGUGCUCAAGAUGCAGUCACACGGACAAUGGUUCGAGGUGGAUCGCACGGAGGUGAUACGCAGCAGCAGUAGCCCGGUCUUCUCGAAGGUGUUCACGGUGGACUUCUACUUUGAGGAGGUGCAGCGGCUUCGCUUUGAGCUGCACGACAUCAGCAGCCACAACGGCCUGAAGGACGCAGACUUCCUAGGAGCCAUGGAGUGCACACUAGGACAGAUCGUCUCCCAGAGAAAGCUCUCCAAAGCUCUACUGAAGCAGGGAAACACAGCCGGCAAAUCCUCCAUCACGGUCACAGCAGAGGAGCUGUCUGGUAACAACGACUAUGUAGAGCUAGCUUUCAGCGCACGGAAACUAGACGACAAGGACUUCUUCAGUAAAUCGGACCCCUUCCUGGAGAUCUUCAGAAUAAAUGACGACGGCUCCGGAUCACUGGUGCAUAGAACUGAGACCAUCAUGAAUAACUUGAGUCCUGUCUGGAAGUCCUUUAAAGUCUCCUUAAACACACUCUGCAGCGGGGAUGAGGAACGACAACUGAAGUGUACGGUGUAUGACUGGGACUCCAAUGGGAAGCACGACUUCAUAGGAGAGUUCCAGACCACUUACAGGGAGAUGAAGGGAGGCGUGGACGGAAAACAGCUCAUGUGGGACUGCAUCAACCCAAAGUACCAGAUGAAGAAGAAGAACUACAGGAACUCAGGCACCGUCACCCUCUAUCAGUUCAAGAUCAUCAAGAUGCAUUCCUUCCUGGACUACAUCAUGGGAGGCUGCCAGAUCCAGUUCACCGUUGCCAUUGACUUCACGGCGUCCAAUGGGGAUCCUCGAAACAGCUGUUCCCUCCACUACAUCCACCCCUACCAGCCCAAUGAGUACCUCAAGGCACUAGUGGCCGUAGGAGAGAUAUGCCAAGACUACGACAGUGAUAAGAUGUUUCCAGCGUUUGGCUUCGGAGCCCAGAUACCGCCUGACUUCAAGGUGUCACACGAUUUUGCGGUGAACUUUGACGAGGACAACCCCGAAUGCGCAGGUAUUCAGGGUGUGCUGGAGGCGUAUCAGAACUGUCUGCCAAAGAUCCAGCUGUACGGGCCCACCAACAUCGCCCCCAUCAUCAUGAAGGUAGCCAAUGCCGCGUCAGAAGAGAUGCACACACAGGAGGCUAUGGAGUACUUCAUUCUCCUCAUCCUGACGGACGGCGUGAUCACGGACAUGGCGGACACGCGCGAGGCCAUCGUGCACGCGUCGCACCUGCCCAUGUCGGUGAUCAUCGUGGGCAUCGGGAACGCCGACUUCAGCGACAUGCAGAUGCUGGACGGGGACGACGGCAUCCUGCGAUCGCCCAAAGGAGAGCCCGUGCUGCGGGACAUCGUGCAAUUCGUACCCUUCCACAACUUCAAACACGCGUCUCCUGCUGCGCUGGCUAAGAGUGUGUUGGCGGAGGUCCCCAACCAGGUGGUGGACUACUACAACAGCAAGGCCAUUCGGCCCAAAGGCUUCACCGACUACAACGAGUCUUCCAGAGCCUUCAGCCCCUGA